AUGCUGAUCUAUGCAGUGACUAUUGGGCUCAUCUAUGAAGCAGUUCAGAGGACCAUACACCAGGACUUUGAAAUCCAAGCAGAUGUGAUGAUCAUCAUUGCAGCAAUUGGAGUUGCUGUUAACCUCAUGUUGGGACCAGUCGAGGUACUCCCUGAGGAACAGCUCUAUUUUGGAGUUCCUUCCCAGUUGGUUUUCCUGAGUGACGAUACCGGUGACGAGCCUGAAGAACAGUUUCAGGCAGCCUUUCCUUCUGAAGAACCCGGUAAGACCACAACAGGGAAAAUAUUGGAAAUGCUGCUGUUUGGGAAACUAGAGCCUUAUGAUGCAGGUGUGGAGGAUUGGCCCCAUAUGUCGAAAGAAGUCAUUGCAACAACUCAGAUGCAGCCGACUGAUGCCAGGAAAGCAUUCCCGUGCUUUGAUGAACCAGCAAUGAAAGCAACAUUCAACAUAACUCUGUAUCAUAAAGAUGAACACAUUGCAAUCUCCAACAUGCCAAAAGAAGAAAGCAAAACUAUAAUUGACAAUGGUGUGACAUGGACAGUCACUAGUUUUCAACAGACACCUAAGAUGUCCACUUACCUGCUGGCUUUUAUUGUUUCUGACUUUGGCUUUGAGUAUGAAAAUAAAAGUGGUACCGAGAUCCGCAUUUGGGCGCGAAAGCAAGCGAUUCAGGAAGGUCAAGGAGAAUACGCAUUAAAUGUUACUGGGAAAAUUCUACACUUCUUUGAAGAUUAUUAUAACGUUUCCUAUCCACUCCCAAAAUCAGAUCAGAUUGCACUUCCUGACUUUAACGCUGGUGCAAUGGAGAACUGGGGUCUUAUCACCUACCGUGAGACUGCUCUCCUGUAUGACCCCAAACUGUCAUCUGCUGGAAACAAGGAGAGAGUUGUAAAGGUCAUUGCACAUGAACUGGCUCAUCAGUGGUUUGGAAACCUGGUAACGAUAAAGUGGUGGAAUGACUUAUGGCUGAAUGAAGGAUUUGCUUCUUACGUUGAAUACUUGGGAGCAGAUAAGGCUGAGCCACAGUGGGGUGUGAAAGAUCUAAUUGUACUGAAUGACGUUUACAGAGUUUUUGCUAUUGAUGCUUUAGCCUCAUCUCAUCCUCUCUCAUCUAAAGAAACCGAGAUUAACACACCAGCCGAAAUUAAUGAGCUUUUUGAUGCAAUUUCAUAUAGCAAGGGAGCAUCUGUCCUUCGCAUGCUUUCCAACUUUCUGACUGAACCAAUAUUUGUCAAAGGGCUCAGUACCUACCUCCAUCAGUUUUCAUAUAACAACACGAUAUACGCAGACCUCUUUGAGCAUCUGCAGAAGGCUGUUGAUGAUUCUAUCAAGUUACCCAAAACAGUCGAUGAAAUUAUGAGUCGAUGGACGCUACAGAUGGGUUUUCCAGUCAUUACAAUAAAUACAACAACUGGAACUGUUACCCAAAAACAUUUUCUUCUUGAUCCAAAUUCAAAUGUGACUCGUCCUUCAAAGUUCAAUUACACUUGGAUUGUACCAAUUACAUGGAUGAAAGGGAAAACAGAGAACAAUACUUGGUUAUUGGAGCACCAAGAAACCAAUCCGGAAAUGAAAUUGAAUGGAAACGAGUGGCUCUUGGCCAAUAUUAAUGUUACGGGAUAUUACAGAGUGAAUUACGAUGAGAGGAACUGGAACAAUCUUGUGAAGCAAUUGUCAACAAAUCACAUGGUGAAUAUAGCAAAAUACCGUGAAACCACAGCAGCUUUAACCACAACAAGGUAUCUGGUCAAAGAGCUGGAAUAUAUUCCCUGGCAGGCUGCCCUCGAUAACCUGGCGUACUUUGAGCUCAUGUUUGACCGUGCAGGGGUUUUUGGGCCUAUGAAGAAAUACAUGCUACAACAGGUGACCCCACUGUACAAGCACUUUGAAAAUCUCACUCAGAACUGGGAGCAACCUAGUAGUCUCAUGGAUCAAUAUAAUCAGAUUAAUGCAGUGCGUGUUGCUUGUGGAUAUGGUCUCCAAGAAUGUAAAAAUAUGUCACAAAUAUUUUACAAGAAAUGGAUGGUGAAUCCCAAUGAUAAUCCAAUCCCGGUGAAUCUGAAGACAUCAAUUUAUUGCAGUGCAAUUGCUUCAGGGGAUGAGACGGAGUGGAACUUUGCAUGGGAAAGGUUUCAAAAUGCUACAAUAGCUACAGAGGCAGACAAACUGCGAUCAGCCAUGGCUUGUACCAGACACCCUUGGCUUCUCAAUCGAUAUCUUCAAUAUACUUUGGAUCCAACAAAGAUUAGAAAGCAAGAUGCUACAUCGACCAUUACUUCCAUUGCCAGUAACGUGGUUGGUCAGCCUCUGGCGUGGGACUUUGUCAGGGCAAACUGGAAAUUCCUCUUUGAGCAAUAUGGUGGUGGAUCAUUUUCAUUCUCGUCAUUGAUAAAUGGAGUGACACAACGAUUUUCAACAGAAUUUGAACUGAGACAGCUUGAGCAGUUUAAGACAGAUAACGAGGAUGUUGGAUUUGGUUCUGGGACUCGGGCACUAGAACAAGCUUUGGAGAGGACCAAGGCCAAUAUCAGAUGGGUUAAUGAAAACAAGGAAGCUGUUAACAACUGGUUUCUCAAUGCUGUUGAUCCCAGCACUCCUGAAUUGAACAGCCACUAGUAAAUAAAAAAUAACAUGAAAUAAAUGUUUUUGAAUACAA